CUUAAACCCACUUGUUGCAGUGAACAUAAAAGGCCAGCUAGGGACCUGUACACAGUUGGUCUACGUGGAUAUAUAUCACCAAUCGAUACCAGGUAAUGGAGGGAUCUUGACUUUUCAUCCACAGCAAGUGACGUAGCAAAUAUUUAUUAAUUUUCUUCAAAGAAAGCCAGUCCUAUUUGGCAUCCCAAUACGCUCCAGUUAUCUGUCUACCUACAAAGGCAGUUGGAGACCGAUAUCUGAAGCUGUAUUCGGGAUCAACGCCAGCAUCAGGUUUCAUAUCAAAAACCCCAAAGUCAAUUCAAAAGAGGUGCCUCUAUUUGCAUUCAAGUAUCAACCGAAUUGCAGAUCACGGCCAACUGAGUUCAUUGCCGACAGAACCGGUUUCGGGGUGCCUUGAUAAAGCGGCCGUCCACGCGAUCAAUUGCCUUCUUAUCUGCUCCGAAUUAUUUUCACUGGAUGGAAGAUCAAUCAUGGUGCCUGGCAAAGAGAUAACAUGCAGGAUGUUCACCCCUGAGGCCAGCCAGCCAAGCUGGAAAGAGUGUUGCGGUGUAGCCAAGAACGGAGCGGCCUAGUCUCAGAAUCGGGCAGUUAUAAAGACCAAACUCAGACCCCUCUCAGCACCCCAUAUUCUAAUAUUCUGUUAUUUUCUCAAGUGCAUCUAGACAAGUAGUUUUUGCGAUUAUUUCAUUUGACGAUCUGGACUAAGCGGGUGGCUGACACGGUCACUUGCUCACCCUCGAAGCCUGUAAUUAGAGACCAUCAUCAGGCAUCCAAGAAAGAAAAGGAGAGAGAGAGCUCUCAUCUCAGUGCAGCACAUACCAGAGAGUAGUUCUUGAGCUGGAGUAGAUGACGAGAGGAGUUGAAGGAGGUCAAAUCACCUUCAUCGAUCGCCAAGCCGAUAGAACAGAUAAAGCUACCACCUAUCGUCCAGAUCCAACUGUUUUUUUCGAACCAUGGGUCUAACUAUCCAACAGUCCGUUCCUGGCUAUCAUCUCUGCGUCCUGGUCCACGGACUCUGGGGUAAUCCGUCACACCUGGACUAUGUGGCCGCGGCGUUGAGAGAGAGAUACCCCGAUGACAAGCUUCAUAUCCUCGCUGCAAAACGAAAUGCCGGAAGGUACACCUAUGAUGGGAUCGAACUCGGGGGAGAACGGGUGGCUUACGAGAUCGAAGAGACACUAAAAGCACUGGCAGAAACGGGCUCUGAAGUCCAGAAGCUGAGUAUCGUGGGAUACUCCUUGGGCGGCCUUGUGGCUAGAUAUGCACUGGGAUUGCUUGAGGCUCGAGGGUGGCUUGACAAGCUGGAGCCUGUCAACUUCACCACCUUCGCGACACCGCAUGUCGGCGUGAGGACCCCCAACCCGGGCAUUCAUUGUCAUAUCUGGAACGUGUUAGGCGCACGAACCAUCUCCAUGUCUGGGCGGCAGCUCUUCAUGAUCGACUCGUUCAGGGAGACGGGGAGGCCUCUGCUUAGUGUCCUGGCGGACCCGGAGAGUAUCUUUAUUCGGGCGUUGACUAGAUUCAAGAACCGAAGUGUCUAUGCGAACGUUGUGAACGAUCGCUCUGCCGUAUUUUAUACCACUUGCAUCUCAGCCACUGAUCCUUUCCAAGACCUUGGGAAUAGCGAAAUGGAGUUGAACUACGUCAAAGGCUACGAGCCCGUCGUCAUAGAUCCGGACGUUUAUACCUUGCCUCCUACGGAUAGAGAGCAUGCCUCUUUUGCCUUGAGCACCAAGGCAAGACUUACGAGAGCAAUCUCCAACCUUCCUUUCUUGCUGACCAUUUCGUUUGUCGUGCCAAUCGCCAUGACGUUGUUCCUGCUAAAUUCAGUCGUGCAGAACUUCCUCAGUCGGCGACGAAUACGUCUUCACGAGGAGGGAAAGACGGGCGUCCUCUUUGGAGACUACAGAGUGCCUCUUAUUAUCCAGGAUAUGCGCAACGCCGUCGAAGACGCGUUCCAGGACGUCAACCCCGGCCAGGAUUUGAAUUAUCACCCUGCUUGUGAUAGUGGCGAGUUCGAAGCUGAAUUUGGAAGAGAGCAAAUGCCUGCACAAAGUUCCGCUGUAGCAAAUGAGAAUUUGGAUGACCGAGCAGAGCUGCCACUUCUCCAAAAGCCUAGCGAGACAGAGGACAGUUCGCAGCGAAACCAAGAGGAUAACAUCGCCUCCGAGAAUGAUACCAGAAGCGGCCCACCGAAGCUGGCGCUGACACCAGCACAGUUUGCCAUCAUCGACUCUCUCAAUGCAGUGAGAUUCCGUAAGUACCCGGUCUACAUCCACAAUCACCGGCAUAGCCACGCUGCCAUUAUCGUGAGGAUGCCCAAAAAGGGAUUCGAGGAGGGAAAGAUCGUCGUCAAGCAUUGGCUGGAUAACGAGUUUAAGGUCUGAUCUCAUGCGGGGGGUGGGCCAUUCACUUGACCGGCUAUUGAACCCGGGGGACCCUACGCGGUGCGAGAAGUCUGGAGAGAACAGUGAGCGCAACGAUGUCGGUAUCGGGGGGAGCCCGUUAAAAAGCCGUUUCCAUGGAGAUUUUCGAUAGGAUAUUCGAGUCUAGGCAACGCUUGACGGCAGCUAACUCUUCAAAACUCCCCGAAUAUCCCCGGACUUUCCCGCCGGAUCAAUCGAGUUCGAGUGGCUCACUUACCACGCGGGGUAGUAUUAUUAUAUUUAUGACGAUUAUGAUCUAUCUCGUCCAGUCAUGCAGUUGGCCCUUUUGGCCUAGAACAGUCCUCUCGGCUCCCGAGUUCUGCCGUAUAGAACCAGGAAAGAACGAAAGAACGAGAAGAAAAUGAAUAAGAUUUCUUAACGGACCAUGAUCGAUUAUCGAGCUUCCCUGCUUCUUAUUUUCCUUCACUUAACUCAUACCCUUCCUUAUGGAUGACGAUAAACGAGAAUAAUUGGCUGGAAUGAUGUUUGUUAUGACGUCGGCGAAUCCACUCAUGACCGUUGUUUAAGAUUCGUUACUGAAGUCUGUGUCUGUUGUCCAUGAUGGAGUUGAUUGGUUUCUGUUUUGUUUCCUUUCCUUCUUUUCUGUUAAUGGAUGGAUCAGCAUGUGUCAAGGGCCAUCUCAUCUAUCUGACCUCAAGCAUUUUCAAAGAAUUUCAUUCUUUCUUUUCGAACAGCCUAGAGGAAUGAUGGGACCGGCUACGCCACUGUCUGGACUUUAUUUUGGAUUGGUUCCAUGGACCCGAACCCUCGACAUACUACUAACUAUACCAUGCACAUCAUAUUAAAUUGAAACCCAU